GUUUCACAAUGCCGGAACCAGCCAAGUCUGCUCCUGUGGCCAAAAAGGGCUCCAAGAAGGCCGUCACCAAGACGCAGAAGAAGGGCGACAAGAAGCGCAAGAAGAGCCGCAAGGAGAGCUAUUCCAUCUACGUCUACAAGGUGCUCAAGCAGGUCCACCCGGACACGGGCAUCUCCUCCAAGGCCAUGAGCAUCAUGAACUCCUUCGUCAACGACAUCUUCGAGCGCAUCGCGGCCGAGGCUUCCCGCCUGGCGCAUUACAACAAGCGCUCCACCAUCACCUCCCGGGAGAUCCAGACCGCCGUGAGACUCCUGCUGCCCGGGGAGCUGGCCAAGCAUGCCGUCUCCGAGGGCACCAAGGCCGUCACCAAGUACACCAGCUCCAAGUAAUUUUUGACUCGUUCCCAAAUACGUACUGAACCCAAAGGCUCUUUUAAGAGCCGCUUAACUUGUCA